AUGGCACCGCCUCUACAGCUCUCUUGCACCAUCUACUGGUCCCUAAUAACCUUGUUCUGGCUCCUAGCUGUCUCAUUAGAGGCUGCGCCGCUCGCGACAUAUCAUGGCCGGGGCUUCGGCUCCUCUGUGUCGACAAAGGGAAGCAUCACCGACUUCACCCUCUGUGAGGUAGAAGCCCUCACUAGGAAGAGUAGGGGUGGAGCAUGCACCCAAUUCCCGAGGGACAUUACUGUUGUCGGCCGCGAUAUCACCAAAGGCUGGUUUGAUCGACAGGAGGCAGCAACACUUCAGAAGGAGUCUGAGGUUGAUGUUAGCUUUUUUAGUCUUCUAGACACCCUUGACCCGCUCGGCAAGCUCCUUGACCGGAAUAAGAUUCCCUGGGCUGUUGCUGGUGGUCUCGCUCUGAAAAUCCACGGACAAUCAGAUCGACACACUACCGACAUCGACAUGGUUGUACAGACCACUAUGCCUAAGCUACGGGCUGCACUAAGCAAAGACAAAAAGUACAUAGUUCCUGGGCCUGGAUGGCCGAGCGAGUCUCACCUGCGGGUUUAUCGCGACCAAGGAAGUGCAGGGAAGCCCAGAUACAUCGAGAUUGAUUUAGUGAUCGCUGGCACCUUGACGACACCCGAAAGCUUGCAGGUCAAUUCGAAGGACUUCAAAGUGGAAAACGAGAGAAAGAGGCCGAUCAACAUUCACGUCAUGCGGCUCGGCAAGAUCUUCAUGUCGAAGGUCAAUGCCUUAGCAGCGGAACAUCGAAAGAAGGACGAUAAGGACAUGAAAGACAUCAGCUGGAUCAUCGACAAGACCCCGAGGGCCCUGCUCAACGUUCAAACAGACCUGUCGUACGCUCUGCGGCAGCUGGUGAUUAAGCAUCUCGUUCGCUUAAAGUCGCCCCUGGUUAAAAAGGCUAGGCAGCUUCUCGGCGUCAACAGCCCUGCGCAGCUCUAG